CUCAUUCUUUUUCACACCACGUUCCCACGAACAUUUCUUCUCUUUGUCUCUUUUCCAUACAAAUAUUCUCUACACAAAUAAGUUCCUUAUUAUCUUCUUCUUAACCAUGUCUGUUACCAGAGUUGUUGAAUCGCGUGUCAUAGACGCACCCAUCGAUAUUGUGUGGCCUUUUGUUCGAUCAGUCGAACUGAGUUUCUGGAGAGCUGUCAAGAGUGUUGAAGUAAAGGGGUCCGCCAGUGAAGUGGGAAGCACCCGAAAGAUCUCUUUUCAUGAUGGAGCCGUUCAGGAAGUCAAGAUUGUCGAAUUGUCUGAUCUCACUCACUCUGUGAGCUACGACUUCAUCGAGGCUGAACCCGCAGUCGACUUUAUGUCAGCUUUACAUACUAUCAGUCUCCGAAAAGUUACAGCAAAUAAUGCCACGUUCGUGGAGUGGUCUGCCGAAUUUUCAUCCGAUGCACAACUUGCGGUGAUUGAGGACAGCCGUUACAAGCGCCUGGAGGGUUUAGAAGACCUCGCCAAGGCUGUUGCAAAAAAAUGAAAUCGUUGUCCUUUUGAUAACACAAGCACUAUGCGCUUUUUUUUUUGAAAUUUCAUACGUACUUUUUGAAUAAAAGAAAAACGUGCUAUCUCAUAAU